UUGGGUAAAUAGGACUAGCUGGUGCAACAAGGUUGACGCGGUCAGACUUUAGGUUGAAUUUACUUUUACUAAAGGGUGAGAGGUGUGUGUUUUGUUGCUUUAAAUCAUAUUACCAAAUGAAUAAUACGUAGAUAACAAAUUUUAAAGAUAAAAAUGGGAAAUUUUUGGAGCUCGGAAGAAUCAGAGCCAGGAAGUGCACGUAUGAAUUUCUUUGAUCUUGCAAACCUCUUGGACAACGACGGGAAUCUGCAGAAUGAGAUGAUGGUGUUGAGCUUUGCUGCCACUCUGCUCGCUACUAUUCCGGUUUUGCUCGGAAAUGAGUUUGAUGUAAAUGUCGGACUGAGGAAGAAAAGAGAAAUCGAGGACAGGAGUACUUCUCAGUCAAUGGGAAGAAUAGAAGACAAGAACAGUGAAGACGACAAAUAUUUACAUCUCAAAACAAGUAAAUCUACAAAAUUCUUCUAUGCACACAAAAGUCUCGAGGUGUAAACUGUAAAGAUAUAUAUAAAAUAUUAUCAUCGUCUUCCAAAUAAAAAUGUAAUUGACCUAGGAAAAAU